UGUUCUGCUGCUCGUCGAAGGAAAGUGCGUGCGGCCACUUGCGUGGGUAGGACUUUUUCGAUUCGACCCGUGGCGGCGUAACCGUUGCGCCAGGCGCACUGGCGAGUACGACUUGGCGAGUUGCGAGUGUUGAACGUCGCCGUAAUGAUAAUGGAGUGAAGAGUUUCCAAGCGGUCCUGAUGUUGGACAUCGCACGAACAUUGUGCUUUUUUGUUGGGAGCAAGCGUAGCGAUACAAGGAACCUCUUGUGUAAAUGGAAGAAAGCUUCAAAGCAGUUUGAAGCUUUCGGUGUGGUAUUCAUGGAACUAUGAACCUAGAUCCGUUGUCUUUUGCUUUGUCUUAUAUUAGUUACUCUGUGUCCAGCUUGACAAAGAAGAACUUCAAGUCCAGUGUUCAAGAGAUUUCUCGCCUUGUCGCCCUGCACGGGUUUGAGGCAGAGCGGCAUCUGCUUCGUUGCCUUUUUUCCCACGUUGACUUCAGUGGAGAUGGUAAAAGUAGUGGAAAAGACUUCCAUCAGACCCAGUAUUUGAUUCAGGAAUUUAGCUCCAUUCUUUCCAAGCCCAAUUUUUUGUCAAGUGUGUGCUUUGCUAUAGAAAAUCCUCUUCAUCACCAAAAGAGUCUUCGACCAAGCCCCUUGCUACUGGCCCAUAUCAGCCGUGUGCUAAGACUGAACCGUGUGCAAGAAGUUGUUCUUGGCACUUGUUUGCUUCAUUCCUCCAGUACAGAGCUCUGCAUUUGUGCUACACAGUUUAUUCGACUCAAGCUUCCCGACCUUUUACGGUCGUACACAGAUUCUGACUCAUCCACACAGGAGGGUGAUCUUCAGGAUUGCUCUCCUGAGGUUCUUCACCUUCUGCUUGUAGAGUUAUUGAACAAAAAUUCUGAACACUUUGGUGUUACUAAUGAACUGAAGGAGUCUUUCUUUGAGAAUCUCCGUAAAGAUUUUCCUCAGGAUAGAGUGCCGGUAGUUUUAGCACCACUGCUUUACAACGAAGCAUCUGAUGUGCUCAUGGUAAAAGGAAUGACUGAGCCAGCUUCAAACAUGUCGAAACCAAUGGAACUGUCACACGUAGACCUCAUCAAAGAAGUCGGCUAUGGCUUCACUGCAAGUGUGGAGGAGUGUCGCCAGAGCCUCAUCCAGAUGGGUCUGCGGGACCCUGGGCCAUGCAUGGUGGCCAGAGUUCUGUCCAUGAUGGCCAACACCCAUACAGGCCUUUCUGAGCCACUCCAAGGCCUGGGGCCUUCAGCAGCAUCUGCUUGGGGGGCUGACAAGGAUGCCAACACAAGCCAUGUUACUUGGAACAUUGACAUUUUCAUUCAGGCACUCUAUGACUUGGUACCGACACUGAACUGGAAAGAAGUGAUUAGUGAAUUGGACUUUCCAGGCUUCUUUGUGAAGGAUCGACAAGGCCUGAAGAUCCUCUGGCAUGGCUUGUGCAGAGGGCUGGGCAGUGACCCUUUCCCUACAGACCGCUUGUACAGAGUUUGGAGGAACCCAGAGUCCCAGCUAUCAUUGUUUCAUCAGAUUAUGAAAAAUUCUGACAUUGUUUGCCUGACUGACUACAAGUACCGGCCUGUGUCGAUGGAGAUCUUGAAGGCACUUCCUGAAGAUGACAACAGGGACAUUGCUAAUUGGAAAUCUUUGGAUCUUGUAGAGACUCUCCUGACGUUGUCAGAGAAAGUGCAGUACUCAUCGCAUGUACAUGAUUUGUUCAAAUAUCCUGUUCAACAUUGUCCUGACUUGCUGAUGCUUGGGCUUCUACAAACUUCAGGGCCCAUGCAAGGUUUUCGUCAAGAACUCCUGACAAACCUUGUGUUUGUGUUUCUCAGCAAUCAUCCAAAUUCUGCAAUAGUGCUGCAGGCAGCUUGGAAUGUUCAGAACCACGCCAGUGUGGUUCGGCCCUUGAUCAUGCACACCAUGGCGGACUGGUACAUGCGUGGUGGAGAGAGCGAGCAAGGACGCCUCUCUCGAAUUCUAGACGUUGCUCAAGACCUGAAGGCCCUCUCUGUGCUACUGAGCAGCAACUCUUUUCCUCUGGUGAUUGACUUGGCUUGCUUGGCCUCACGCAGAGAAUACCUCAAGCUUGACAAGUGGCUCAAUGACAAAAUCUUUGAGCACAAGGAGGCAUUCAUUCAAGCCUGUGUCAAUUUUCUGAAGCGUAGGUGUCCCCAGAUUAUGGGUGGCAUAGUCAAGGAGGAGAAUUUGCCAAAAAGUGCUCAACUACCAACUGAAACACUGGCUACUAUGCUGUCCUGUCUCCAGCAGUAUGCAGGCAGUGUUAGUCAGGAACUUUCGGAAACCAUCUUGACCAUGUCAGGAAAUUGUAGUAUUCUGCUGAACAAGCCACGCCAACCACCACCAGGUGUCGUCAAAACACCUAGGGGCUUGGAGCCGGCAUUUUCAGCGGCUAGCCUCAAUCCAUCUCAGGCUCCUCAGCAGCAACAACAGCAACAACAGCAGCAGCAACAGCAGCAACAGCUGGAAGUCCUUAGCUCCUUGGGAAGCCUGUCCAUGAGUGGCCCAGCUGCAGCACAAGCCCCACCGCUUGGUGUGGGAGGUGGACCACCACUAUUUGGCAGCUCAUUUGCUACACCAGGCUCACCAGCCAAGCUUUUUGGGGCACCUCCAAGUGCGGCUGGUUCAGCUGGGCCACCACCUCCUGCUCAAGGAACCAGCUUUUCCAAUGUUGUGCCCAGCCUUGGAGAUGUAGCAAGCAUCCUGCCUGAAAUGAACCAGCCUGUGUCAAAAGAGAUUGAAGAUGAAGCUAAUGGAUAUUUUCAACGAAUUUACAACCAUCCUCCACAUCCCACAUUGUCCAUUGCUGAAGUUUUGGACAUGCUGAAACGUUUCCAAGAGUCUCCCAUCAAGUCUGAGAGGGAUGUGUUUAACUGCAUGAUCAAGAACCUGUUUGAGGAGUACAGGUUCUUUCCACAGUAUCCCGAAAAAGAGCUCAUUAUAACAGCACAACUAUUUGGAGGCAUCAUUGAACAGAGUCUUGUAACGUACAUGGCUCUGGGACUGGCCCUCCGCUAUGUGCUGGAUGCUCUUCGCAAGCCAUUUGGCACGAAGAUGUACUACUUUGGCAUCACUGCACUGGACAGGUUCAAAACAAGAUUGAAAGACUACCCGCAGUAUUGCCAGCACCUGGCGUCUAUUCCACAUUUCAAGGACUUUCCUGAACACUUGAAAGAGUAUGUUGACUGUGGUGCGCGGUCUCAGGAGCCCCUGAAUCGACCCCAGGGCCAGACUUUGCCCCACAAUCUGGCCAUGUUGGCUCAGGGACUGAACCCAGCAACAACACCUCAAGGUCCAGCCGUACGUGCUGCACCUGCAGCAGUGCCUACAUCUAGUGCAGGUGUAGCAGCUACCUCAGGAGUAGUUGCCAAGCCCACCACUGUUGGGGGAAAGGAUGCAUGUCCCAGCACUCCGCCCUGUCCGUCAUUCGCUGGCAUUCAUGGCAUCGAUCACAAGUACUGCUUGAGACAGCUCGAUCCGAAUGAGAAGCGGGAUACGCCAUCCAUUGCCAACCCUACGAACAUAGAUACUUUGCUGGGUGCCACUGAGAAGGAUGAUAAGCUGGUAAUACCACCAGAAGCUGUUCAAGACAAAGUGGCCUUUAUCAUCAACAACCUUUCCCAGGUGAACCUUCCCCAAAAGACAGAGGAGUUCAAGGAGGUGGUGAAAGAAGAAUAUUGGCCUUGGUUUGCCCAGUACAUGGUGAUGAAGCGAGCAUCUAUUGAACCCAAUUUCCACACGCUGUAUGCUAAUUUCCUGGACACUGUCAAGAUAGGGGAGCUUUCAAAGCUUGUACUGCGAGAAACAUUUCGUAACAUAAAGGUUUUAUUGACCAGUGAUAAGGCGCUAGCCAAUUUUUCUGACCGAUCUCUGUUGAAAAGCCUAGGCCACUGGCUGGGAAUGCUAACCAUGGCAAAAAAUAGACCUGUUCUGCAAGUUGACAUGGAUGUAAAGUCCUUACUGGUUGAGGCAUACCAUAAAGGGCAACAGGAACUGCUUUACGUGGUGCCAUUUAUUGCCAAAGUCCUGGAAUCCUGUGCAAAAAGCAGGGUUUUCAAGCCUCCCAAUCCUUGGACCAUGGGAAUAUUGGAUGUGCUGUCGGAGUUGCACCGGGAGCCAGAGUUGAAGUUGAACCUGAAGUUUGAGAUUGAGGUUUUGUGCAAGACCCUAAACCUAGACAUCAAUGACCUAAAGCCAGGUAUGAUUCUGAAGGACCAAGAGCGUCGCAAGCGACUAGACCCGCAGCUCUCGCCUCGGCAUAAGGUGGAUAGCCCCCCAUUGCCCCCCUCUGUGGUGGCUCCAACGGCAGCCCCACCUUCUGCUGCCCCUCCAACCCUGGCGCCCCAAGGACCUUCGGGGGUUGUAACAGCAGCAGCAGGACCUGGAGGGCCUGUAGCACAGGUGGGGUUGCCGCCACCGCAGCCUGAGGAGGCGCCAGCAACGUUGGGUGUAUCUGGGCCAUCAAUGUCCGCAUUCCCUCAACCACAGUUUUCGUACCAUGAUAUCAAUGUGCUUUCUAUGACCAACUUAGCCCAGCACAUCCAGAUAAACAGCCAGCUUCCACUCUUUCAGGCACAUCCUCAUUUAAAACAGUAUGUGCGCACAGCCAUAGAUCGUGCGAUCCAGGAAUGGAUAAUGCCAGUGGUGGAGCGCUCUCUCAAAAUUGCACUUACAACAUGUGAUCAGAUUGUUCGAAAGGACUUUGCAUUGGAUCCUGAAGAGUCCAGAUUGCGUGCAGCAGCCCACCACAUGGUGCGGAGCCUGACAGCUGGGAUGGCUAUGAUUACUUGUCGAGAUCCAAUGUUGAUGACCAUCAGCAACAAUCUGAAAGCUGCCUUUCACACUGCACUGAGGCUUCAAGGAGCAAGCCUUCCCCAAAAGGAGCUUUUAGAACAGGCAACCACAGUGGUGGCUCAAGAGAAUGUGGAACUCGCCUGCUGUUUCAUCCAGAAGACUGCCAUCGAAAAAGCCAUCCCCGAGAUUGACAAAAAGCUUAGCCAGGAAUACGAGAUCCGCAAGAGUGCUCGCAGUGAAGGCCGGCGCUACUGUGACCCUGUCGUCUUGACAUACCAAGCUGAGAGGAUGCCUGAACAGAUUCGGCUCAAGGUUGGCGGUGUGACUCCACAGCAAAUGGCAGUAUAUGAGGAAUUUGCACGGAACAUCCCUGGAUUCCAACCUAUUUCUGAAAGAGAUCAGCCUUCCUUGUUCCUUCCAAAGCCUGUGGUGCGACAGAGUGGCUUUGCAAGUUCUGUGGAUGACAUGACACACUUGUAUGACAAGAUAGUUUCUGAGCUGGAGCAGCAAGUUCAUGGGCUCCUAGGUACUGUUGUGCCCUCAAACCCACAAGUUGCAGCCCUGCAUGUGCUGCAUGAGGCAGUGCUGGUGGCACGCAACUCAAGGGAAGCUGUUACAGCCAUGGCUCUGCUUCAGAAGACAGUGGAGAGUAUGGCUGAAGGGCUGAGCCACUCGCUGGGAGCAGACCCCGAGACUGCGCUGCGCUUUCGCGAGGCCCACCUGGCAGUGCUGAAGACACUGGCCGAGGGUUACGGUCACCCAUGGGCAGCCAAGCAUAUAACACGCUUCCUUCUGGAGCUGCGUGAGGAGAUUCGUUGGAAUGUGGAUGUAGUGGACCCUCUGCUUCGAUCAGGCCUGCUGGUGUUGGCCACUUUUGACCUUCAUCUGGCCCAGUCCAUGGAGAAUGGCAUGAACUAUCCAGCGGUUGACUUUGCCAAGCAGCUCGUGCGCUUGUACUUCUCUGAAGGUCGUCAUGGUGACUACAACCUUUCAGAGUCGGACCUGUGUAAUACAUUGGAAACACUUGUGCGCAUCAAUGCUCACUCGAGGCAACCACAAGAGGGAUUAUCCCAAGUGAUGGAGAUGCUACGUAGUGGAAGUGGCGGAGGCGCAGUGGAGUACGGGGGUGUGCCCAGCAGUGGGCCGAUGUCAAUGAUGCACUCGGGCAUCAGCCAGGCACGCGAGUAUGAUGACCCACCUGGCCUGCAUGAGAAGACAGAAUUUCUGCUACGGGAGUGGGUGUCAAUGUACAAUGCCCCCAGUGCUGGCAAAGACUCUACCAAAGCUUUCCAGAUAUUUGUACAGCAGAUGAACGUACAAGGCAUUUUGAAGACUGAUGACCUGAUCACCCGGUUCUUUCGUCUGAGCACAGAGAUGUGUGUAGAGCACUGUUACAGGGCCCUCCUGGAGCAGACACCCAGCAAUGCAACAAUUGUUCGCUCAAAAUGUUUCAACUCUCUUGAUGCAUAUAUGCGCCUGAUAGCCCUGCUGGUCAAGCUCAGUGGAGAUGCAUCCAACCCAACAACCAAAGUCAACCUGCUCAACAAGGUGCUUGGCAUCGUGGCAGGUGUAUUACUUCAGGAUCAUGAGUCGCGGGGUCUGGAGUUCCAACAGCUUCCUUACCAUCGCAUUUUCAUGAUGCUUUUCCUUGAGCUGAGUGCACCUGAACCAGUCCUGGAAGCCAUUGGCUUUCAUGUGCUUAUGGCCUUCUGCAACACUCUGCAUGUUCUGCAGCCAUGCAAAGCGCCUGCUUUUGCCUACUCUUGGCUGGAGCUCAUCUCGCAUCGUGUGUUUUUGGGCCGUGUCCUUGCCCUGACUCCCCAACAGAAAGCCUGGGGUAUGUUUGCCCAGCUGCUGAAUGACUUGUUCAAGUUUCUGGCUCCUUUCCUUCGCAAUGUGGACCUUGAGAAGCCUAUCCAGCUUCUGUACAAGGGCACAUUGCGGGUGCUGCUGGUGCUGCUGCAUGAUUUCCCAGAGUUUCUGUGCGAUUAUCACUAUGGUUUCUGCGACCUGAUUCCUGCAAACUGCAUUCAGAUGCGCAACUUGAUCCUUAGUGCAUUUCCUCGACAUAUGCGACUGCCUGAUCCUUUCACGCCAAACCUGAAGGUUGAAGUACUGCCAGAAAUCACGCAAGCCCCUAGAGUUCUCACGAACUUCGCUUCAGUCAUUCAGCCUCAGAGCUUCAAAAAGGAUUUGGACUCUUAUAUUAAAACACGGGGUCCUGUGACAUUUCUGUCUGAACUUCGGAGCAAUCUUCAGGCAACAACCGAACCUGGCAUUAACUACAAUGUGCCAUUGAUGAAUGCACUGGUGCUCUAUGUGGGCACCCAAGCCAUUGCUUACAUUCAGAGCAAAAGCCUGACUCCCAGCAUGAGCACAAUUACUCAUUCAUCGCACAUGGACAUAUUCCAGAACUUGGCUGUUGACCUGGACACCGAAGGACGGUACCUUUUCUUGAAUGCAAUUGCAAACCAGCUCCGGUACCCGAACAGUCAUACCCAUUACUUCAGCUGCACACUGCUGUACCUGUUUGCUGAAGCCAACACUGAAGCCAUCCAAGAACAAAUAACAAGGGUAUUGCUGGAGCGCCUCAUUGUGAAUCGUCCACACCCAUGGGGUCUCCUGGUAACCUUCAUUGACCUCAUCAAGAACCCAACGUUCAAGUUCUGGAGCCACGAAUUCGUGCGUUGUGCGCCAGAGAUUGAAAAGCUUUUUGAGUCUGUGGCAAGAUCUUGCAUGCAGCAGAAGCCACCCACAGAGCCUUCUGGUUAAGAUGAACCAGAUGGUUUCAUUGUAUAUAUUUUUCUUUCUAGCAACAUACACAUUGAUUUUAAAGAUUGCAUGACUUUGUACAGAGAAUGCUAGAUUUGCCAUUAUUAUUUCUAGUCCAUGGCAUUUUGUGGAAAAUAAAUGGCUGUGGACAGAAUUGUUUUUUCUGGAAA